GGAGCCCGGGUCGGAAGGAGCCCUUUCCCUCCGCUCAGCGGCUCCGAAGGAGCGUCGGGGGGAGGAGGACCGGGCAUGCGGUUGGAGCCCCAGCGCUUGCCUGCAAAGGAGUAGGAGGGGAGGUCCCGAUACCGUGGGGCAGCUUGGGGGUGACCUCCAGGCCCGUGGAAAGAGAGAGGAUGCGUCAGGGUAGUGACCAGGCAUUAAGUCUCCGCAUAUGCGCUUCCUUCUGGACCAGUGGUUUUACCUCCAGUAAGGCAGGGAUGGGGUGAAGAUGAAAGAUUCUGCUGGCAUGGACUCUCUUUACCACCUCCCUCCACCAGCCCCCAUCCCUACCAUGUGCGAAAUGGGGCUGGUCUCCCCAGAGCUGUCAAGUCCCCCCGCCUAUUACAAGGAGGCGCCGGACGCCUACUGCCAGGAUGACCGGUGGCAAAGGCUGCGCACGGCGGUCAGGAGGCUGGAAUUCUGGGAGAACUUUGACGCCGAACUGAUCGGGAGCGGCUUCUUCUCCAGAGUGUACAAGGUAGCUCCAAGCGCUGGGAGCAAAGCGAUGGUGGUGAAGAUCUACAAGAACGACGCGGACCAGGAAGGGAUUGUGCGGGAGAUCAGCUUGCUCCAGAAGCUCUCCCACCCCAACAUUGUCAGGUAUCUUGGAAUCUGUGUGAAGGAUGACAAGUUAUACCCAAUUCUGGAGUAUGUGAAUGGCGGAUGCUUAGAAGAACUCUUGUCUUGCAAAGAUGUCUCUCUCAGCUGUAAGGAGAAAGUGGAGCUUGCUUCGGACAUCACCCGAGGGAUGGUCUACCUGCACUCCAAGAACAUCUACCACCGGGACCUCAACUCCAAAAACUGCCUCAUUCGAGUGACCCCACGAGGACGAGAGGCUGUGGUGACAGACUUUGGCUUGGCCAAAGAAGUGACAGAGCCAUCAACCAAAGAUCCAGAGAGGAAGCUUUCUCUGGUGGGCUCGGCCUUCUGGAUGGCUCCCGAGAUGUUACGAGGGGAACCCUACGACCGGAAGGUGGAUGUCUUCUCCUUUGGCAUCGUCUUGUGCGAGAUUCUGGGGAGGAUCCCGGCUGACCCUGAGGUGCUGCCCCGGACUCAGGAUUAUGGCCUAGAUGUGGUGGCCUUCCAAGACCUGAUUGGUGAAUGUCCUAAGCGAGUUUUGGAUUUGGCCGCCAGCUGCUGCAGGGUGGAAGCCUUCAAGCGUCCAUCAUUCUCGGAGGUCCUGGAAGAACUGGAAGACACAGCAGAGCAUCUAGAGUCCGCCACAGAAAACCAGUCUCCAGGUUGAAGCAACCAGUGGCCGCUGGACUGUAAAUGGACUUGUGUAUCUCAGAACGAAGGGGUGAGAGGUGGGGAGAAGGGCCUUCAAGAGAACGUGCCAAGGGUGCCUUUCCCUGCUCCCACACCUCCGCCAGAUUUGUACCGUGGAAGAUGAAACAACUUCAUCCCCAGCCAGCUUCCAACCCCAGACCACUGCAAACUCUCCUAAAGGUGGAGAAAACAACAUUUAUCUGGCUUCAGGUUCUUACAGAGGAGGAAGCAGCAAGCACGACGGCCUGGGAGGAAUGUUUCCUCUGCUUGCUGUACAAGCGCUUGCCAAGGAAAUACGUUGUGAUGACUCAAGCCAGUGAGCCAAGCUGGGUGCUGCACGAGAAAGAUAAACCUGCCAUAGUCCCUAGCCAACAUGCUUUAGCAGCCUGUCUUGCUGUUUGUAGUCCCCUGGGUCCUGCUGAUGAUUUCUCUGCCUGGUCCAUCCUACCAGCUGGCGAACAGCAAAUGGAGGAAAAUAUUUCUUUCUGCAGAACAUGUGGGAGCUAAUGCAGUGUCAUCUCUCUCUCUCUCUCUCUCUCUCUCUCUGUUGACACCUUUGUUAUGAUGGCUAAGCAUGGACUCUCUCAAAGGGGAGGAACCAGCAGCAGGGGAGAGGCAAAGCAGGAAGGCUACUGCUUAAUGGCAGCGCCAGGCUUCCCUUGGGUGGGACUGAAGGAAUCUUCUCCCUCUGUUUCUGAGGUUGGAGCCUGGCCUUAUAACAGGCACAAGGCAGCCAAAAUAAGCAGCUCUGCUCCCUCUUUCUCCCUGCCACCCCACUCUAGAACACUUUUUGGUCAUAACCAACCUGUGACGUGACCUGUCUUGAGUCUCAAGAUCCCCUGUUCUCGGUCCAGCUGUAACCUGCUGUAUAUGCAGGAAGUAUUCCAGUUCAGUGGCAUGACAUCACAGGAUGUGGAUUGAGCAGCUUUUGGUCUAACCCAGGAGAAGGAACUUCCCUGUGUCCCUACUUAAUUAGUCCAUGAGGGCUAGAUACUUUGUUUUAAAGGAAAAGAACUCCUACUUAAACCUCUAGAGAGGUGCUGCCAGUCAGUGAUAAUGAUCCUGCACUACCUGAGCUGAUGGGCAGAUUUAAUGGGAGGCCACUUGAAUAUGCUGCUGGAGUUUUAGGCUCAAAACUAAACUAAACAUUAGAAGAGUAACUGCACCCUAAAUUGUUCCUGUUCCCCUGUGGGCAGCAGCCAGUGUAAUGAAGCAAGCUCAGAGGGUGGCACGAUGCCAUCACAGAGCAUCCCUUGCUUCCUCAGAUGUAACUGGAGAGCAAAGCAUGGGCAACUGGUAUGCAUUCCUUGCCAUGCCGUGCAUGAGGUGGUGGGUUUAUUAGGAGAAGGUUUUAGAAGUGCUGCACCUCCUACUGGCCAGGUUCUAAACCCCAGAACUGAGCAGCUAGCCUAACGUGACUUUAUUUCGGUGGUUCCUGUGGCCCAAGGCUAAGAAUAAUAAUAAAAGUAAUAAUAAUUCCACCUGACAUCUCUAAAAAUUAAUAAAUGACAUGUGAAAUCUUU